AUGGUAGAGUCGGGCAACAAGAUGGUGGAAACUCUGAGAGACCAUCGGUUGAACAAGGACAGCAACUCAAAGACUUCAGGCCUGAGGAACUUGCCUGUCGAUGGCGUACUCAGGGCGAGGUUGAGAAAUGGUCUCCACCUCGUCAGAGCAGCCAACAAGAGCAAGGCAAUUUGGAAAGACAUCAUGUUGAAUGGCGCGGUUUCGGACAUGGUCAAAGAUGCAAAGACACUCCGGCUAGAGACGCGAGGCGAUUGCAACAUGAGCGGGGCAGUCUUGAACAGCAACGAUAUGCGGGCCGCGAAAACGGAGACGGUGAAGAACAGGACCCUGCUCCAAUUGGACGGGGCGAACGACGUCGACUAUACAUAUCAAUUGAAGACGGACCAGCACGAAGCCGACGUGAUCAAGCAGAAGGAAGUGAACAACUCCAGUCAGAAACAGCAACAAAUUCUCAUCGACCAGACGAGGCCCGCCAACGUCAAUCCGAAAAAAGCUCCUGUCAAUCAAGCCGAUCCAGCCAUGUUGAAGACUGGCUGCAGCAUGUCGACAGCCCACGAGGUCGACAAGUCCGAAGACGGCGUCAUCGAAGGUCGUUUGCGAAGGGAGGAGUGGCAUAGACAGACACGGAAAUACGCCACUCAAGGCAAGCAGCUCACGAUCAGCCUAGUUCAACUGUACUGGGAAGUCAUAUCACCAUGCUUCGUUCCGACAUCGCCUCUCCGGCAGAGACUGGACAGCAGCAAAUCCACAUGGACGGACGUUGGAAUACUUGUGCUGGCGUUGAUCGGCGGUUUCAUGUUAUUGGCGGUAGCAAUCCGGCUGUCACAGGGAAUAGCAUGGAUGAUGCGGAUGAUGCGAAGCAUCCUGGGGAUUUGA